AUGGACACCGGCCACGUGCAGUCCAUCAAACUGUCCCGAGUGACCAAAGUGCUGGACCGGACCAUCUUCCAAGGCCAGUGCACCCAGGUCCGAGUAGAAUUCAUGGAUGACACCAGCUGCUCCAUCAUCCACAAUGUAAAAGGCCCAGUCCAGGAAGGAGACCUGGCAACCCUAAUUAAAGCAGAGGGUGAGGCCUUCCUCAUGUCCUGUUCCAUAGCACAAGAGCAGCCACAGAAAAUGUCCAAGCCUGAGUAG